CUUCUUCCUGUCUGGAUCCCUGACGUCUGCUGCUUUCUCGUUACCUGAAGAUUCCUUGCUUGGCAUACCUGGCCUGUUGCAGUAGCUCCCACCGCACUUGCUUUGGCAGGCUCUGCUACCGUCCGCGUAUUCCGACUCCCGCCGGAUAACCACCUGAACUGAGCCCAGUUAUCAAUCAGCAGUGCCUACCAUGGCCAGCGCAUCCACCCACUAUCCCCAUCGGGACUCUCACGACGAUGAAUCGAUCCUGGAUGACGACGUGAUUGAUGCUGAUGACGCCAUCGAAGCCGAUGACCCCUUGCACGAUACGUCGGACACGGCCCCGUUACGAGGCAACAUCCAGUCGGAGUCCUCGAGCUCCGGAGGUCGCAACCUGUCCGGCAAUUACCUGACGUCGUCGAUUCCCGGCGAGGACCGUCGCGCGACGCACAACACCAUCGACGAGAGUGUCUGGGACACCGUUUCCCGCGACCUGCUGGCAGUCUGGGAGAAGCUGCGCCAGGUUCUGUGGCCGAAAUACUUGAUCGGUGGAAUGCUACAGCGCGGAGGGGGCGGGAUUGGCGCGGCCGAACGGGGAGAGGCCACCGGGUUCGGGGGUGGCUUGAGGAACAUCGCCGGACGCUGGCCGGACGCCGAUAUGGUCCUCCAGGGUGGCAUGAGCGAGGGAUUGCGCGAUUGGGAUCUUUGGGGUCCGCUCAUCUUCUGUUUGCUUUUGAGUAUGUUCUUGGCUUUCCGCGCCAGUGAAGAUCAGUCGGAUUUGGUCUUCUCGGGGGUUUUCUCGAUCGUGUGGAUCGGGGAAGCCGUCGUGACUCUGCAGAUCAAGCUGCUGGGUGGAAAUAUCUCCUUCUUCCAGUCCGUGUGCAUCAUCGGCUACACCCUUUUCCCACUCGUGAUCGCUGCCCUCCUAAGUGCCUUGGGUCUCCCGACCAUCGCCCGGAUACCGGUUUAUCUCGUGCUGAUCGCAUGGUCUUUGGCAGCCGGUGUAAGCAUUCUGGGGGGGUCGGGCGUGCUGCGAAACCGAGUCGGGAUUGCGGUCUACCCACUUUUUGUGUUUUAUAUUGCCAUUGGGUGUCUCUGCUUCAUCAGUUAAGGGAGAGAAGGGCGUGCAUGGAGCGUUGGCUGAAGGACUUCGAGAGAACCGCAAGCGGACGAAGCACCGGGCGCCGUGUUGGAGCCGGGCGAGGUUAUUACAAGAUGCUCUUUCUGCGAAUGUUUGGGCAGGAAACGUUUCCUUUUUCUUAUCUUCUCUAUUUUAUCUUCCAAGUGUCAUAGUUCGUGCGCAAUGUAUCCAUUAGACGAG